GCGCAGGAUGAUAUCGACUUGUUCUUCUCGCGCGACGAUCGCGCCCCGUCCAGCGCAAUAUACGCCAUUUUCUCAUAUGUCGACCCGACGACGCGGCUGGUAUACUUCGUCCCUCAAUAAUCAACAGACUCCAUGUCCGACUCUUUCGCCAGGGGGACCACUCAGGACGCCGGCUGCUCGCGUCCCUGCGUCUCUUGAGUAUCUUGGCCCGGCUGACACUCAGUGAUGGGCGCAUCUGACCCUCCGGUGGCGAGUGCGCCUGAUCCUCCAGUCGUCAGCUCGCCUGACCCUAUGGUGAGGAAUAAGGGCGUGUUACACUUCACUGUGUACGACUCCUUGGCAAAUAUAACUAGGGCCCUACUCGUCGGUGCGAGGAGGGCUUGGGUGUUACAGAAGCGUGUUACGAGCUCGAACGCGGGGCGGCUUGAGCCUGCAAAGUGCGACCAUCCGAAUGCGGGGGAGGGGGCGAGGUGGAUCGUGGGGUCGAACGUGCGGGCCUUGGCAGCCGUUCGCGCGCGGGCCUCGAGGUCGGAGGAUGGAUUAACGGAGAGCUCAAGGCAGGUCAGGCGCGUCGGGAGGACGGAUCAGGAGCGUCGAGACGAUAGAUCGAGCGUCGAGGAAUUGAAUCGACUGUUGAGAGGAUGGUUCGAGCGCGAGAGGAUCAUGAUCACGCGCUCGGCCCCGCUGUGGAGCCAAGUCUCCGUAGAGAACAAUGGCCAAGGGCGCUAGUCAAGGAGAGCCACACGCCAGCGCGAUGACAGCCAUGUCCGCCAGUCUACCAACGGACUCCGCACGCCAGCCUAGUCGCAGCGGACGACGCACGUCCGGUGGAGUCUUUCGUUUAUGAUCGACCACGGGUCCUGCGUAGUCC